UUUGCGCUAAAUGCCAUCUACAGUAACGUUCUUGAUAAGCGAUCCCAAGUCAUGGGCGAGGCCACAAUCGAACAACGUGAAGACUUUCGCGAAAAUCUCACUCUCGGCGUCAUCUCGGCUUUAGAGCGAAUUCCUGGGGUUCAAGAUGUAAUCCUUCGCGAAUCGCUUCCUUGUGACAAUAUCGCUAUCACAAGUUGGGAACAGAGGUACUCGACAGUUUUGCCCCACGAAGUCAAGGAUUUCUAUCUGGCUGCGGAUGGUUUCAAACUCACUUGGAACUACUCUCAUGGAGGCCAACAAUUGCCCGUGGGUCGGAUGCUCGUUAAUCGCAUCUCGGAUUUGAGACGAGUGGCCGGACUAAGGCAUCGGUUCGACACCGAGCAACCCACCCUUUUAGAUCUGGAGAUUGUCAACAAUCGUGAUAAAAGCACACGAGUGACCACUGUUCCUAACUUGGCCCUGGACACGGCUAAUCACGGCUCAACCACAACUGCCACCUUGAUUAAGCCUCAAUUCGGAUUGCGAUGGAAGAUGUUUGAAUUGGACAAUUGUGAGGGCAAUGGACGAGUUUGUCUCGUGUUUCCACCCAAGCCAGACCCGGGUCCCGCGGACGAAUCCGGGUCGAUUCAUUUGGAUAUAUCUCCACCCACUCCUCAAGUUUGGUUCCUGGAUCGAGCAUUCGAUUGGCACUUCUUGGCACCCAAUUUUACCACUUACUUCCGGAUGAUGCUCGUCUAUCUUGGGUUGCCCCAAUGGCAAGCGCUUUUCACGCCCUUUGGUCCGACUCCAUGGGCAAAGCACUUGAUCAACCUCUUGGCCCCACAUUUACUCGCCGAAAACGAAUUCGAAGCUGGAAUGGAGACUCAAGGAGCAAAUGGCGGAAAGAAGGGUAAUUCCGAAGAAAUUCCAUUGGCCAAGUUGGAUCCCGCCAUCUUUAGAUCCCGAAGAGUGUCAAGAAAAAUUGACGAAUCGGCUUUGCCUUCAAAACCACAACAGUGAUACUUGUAUUUGCUUGUAUUUUCAUCGUGCUCUUUAAACUCACAAACAAUGGAUAUGUAAGGCCUCCUGGAGAAAUGAUUCACUUUGAUGGAGAUAAGCGAAGAGGUUCUGGCCAGGUGCUUUAAAAUCAUGCGCUUAGGAUGACGAGCAUUUUUCUGAUUUACCUUAAUUGAGGGUUUAUAUGCUUGGAAUAAAUACACCACACGCGAAAUGCUUUCGGACUGGGAGUUUAAUCAUGAAUCAUGAUAAAGAAUCAUGGUUAUAAACGAAUUUAAGUAUUAGUCAAUGAAGAAAGACACUUAGUAAUCUAAUGUAAAAAAAAAGAAUAAGUACAAAAAAGACCCAAUUUUCCAGCCAAUACGUUGAACCAAGAAGAACUCAAUAACUGAAGCAAAUAGGUCAAGUUUAAAUCCGCAAUUGUCACUGACACACUUCACCAAUCUGGAUUCCAUCUCUUCACCACGGACCUAUUCCAUGCCCUCCCAAAGUCAAAGCACUCGUGUGCACGGUGGUUACAUUUUCCGGUUCAGUGUUUGCUCAAAUGCCAAGACAUCGAGAUAUGUUUUUCUUUGUCAAAGAAACAAAAGGAGCAACCUUUGUUAAAUACACAUGUUUAAAAGUAGCUCAGA